AUGGCGAUGAUGAUGACUGGCCGUGUGCUGCUGGUGUGUGCCCUCUGCGUGCUGUGGUGCGGUGCCGGCGGGGUUGAUGCGAGUGAUCUCGAGAACAACGUAGUUGGCGGCUGCAUGGCGUCGGGAGUGUUGGAUGCUAAUGGGUUCCAUAUGCCGAGCGGAUGUGACAAAACUGCGCUGACGCUGCCUUUACGAUCUGUCGUGUCCAUCACUGCCGUUGAAGCUUCGACUGACCCAUUGGUGAGUGGUACAGCAGAAAAUAAAUCGGAUUUAGCUCCAACUUCAGGUGCUGAUUUCGGUGGUGCCGGUUCUCCUCCUGGUCGCGGAGGUGAAGGUGGAGGCGGUAGAGACGACGGUGCUGGCGGUCCUGGUGGCGUUGGGGGUGCCAGUGGCAGUCAAGCUCGUGGCAGGAAAGCUUCUGGUGGCGGUGGUGGUGGCUCAAAUGGAGGUUCUAAAGCACGUGUUGGUGGCUCUUUGAAGUCCCCUGCUUCGGAUGUCAAGUCCCCAUCUCCUGUUCUCGGUGAUGGUGGCAGUUCUCCUGGGGCUCCUACAGGAAGUGUAGGUUCUGACGGAAGCAAAGGUUACAUUUUGGGCUCCUUUUCUUCUGGUGGUCGCAGUCAACCUGAUGUUGGC